GUAUGCAAAACAAUGUGGCUGCCUCCUGUUUUCGUGUAAUUUAUUCGCUCUCUUUUUGAAUAUAUUGUAAGACUUUGAGAAACCUAUACAAACGAUCAGAUGAGGCGCAGCCGUGAGCAUCUUGUUCCAUCUGGUUAAAUCUAUUGCGGUCGUCUAUUGGCAAGUGUAAACCGUUGCACGUUUACGUGUUUUAUUGUUCAGCGAGUCAUAGCUACAUGGCUAGAUCUUGCUAGCCCUAUUUUAGCCAAAAUGUUCCCUGCAUGCUACUCAAAAGCUCCUAACGGCAAGUUUCAAAAGACAUCUUUCACCACCCUGAUUGCAGGGGUGUUUAUAGUGUAUGUGCUGCAUACUUGCUGGAUGAUAUAUGGUAUUGUUUAUACCAAACCCUGCGUUAAUUUCAAAGGCGACAACUGCAUUGCGUCAUACCUGGCAGAAAAACCUCGACUUCAGCUAAGCAUUUAUACAUCCCUGAAACCCAAAGCUGAUGGUGAACACAGACUCAUUUUCACUGUGGAGGACUUUGACAUAUAUUCCAGUUUUGAAAGGACCAUAAAUGUUUCCCUGCCGACAAAGACGCGUGACAACGGGACACUGUAUGUGCGGGUGUUCGUGCACCACGCUGGCAUGUCUCCCUGGCAGGACAGCAGACAGGUGAACCACGUGGCCCAGCUCACCACCUACAUGCUGCCUAAACCCAGUGAAGUUAGCUUUAUCUCCAGCCAGGAAACCGCAUGGCAGGGAGAGGAGCGGGAGCAUUCGGCAGAGGCAGCCACAGAUCCGCAGCCCAUCCCACACUGGCGCUCUCGCCUCACCUUUAACAUCAUGGCAGAGGAUUUCGCCUUCAGCAGGGGAGCUGUGCCCAGUGAUGUCCAGCGCUACCUCAGAGUAUUUCAGAGUGAAAAGAAAAUGUUGUACCUUCCGGUCCUUUUCAUUGAUGAACUCAGCAACAGAGUGAGGGACUUAAUGGAGAUAAACAGCACAACAACAGAACUCCCAUUGACGCUAUCACACAACACCAUCUCCCUGGUAAAGUUCCGCAUCUGGAUCCACAUGCAGGACAUAGUCUACUCUUUGCAGCGCUUCGGUUUCACUGAAAAGGAUGUGGAUGAGUUUAAAGGAAUCUUUGUGGAUGCCGGCCAGUACUUCUUAUCACUGACUUUUUUUGUGGCCAUGUGUCAUCUCCUUUAUGACUUUUUGGCCUUUAAAAAUGACAUCAGCUUUUGGAAAAAGCAGAAGAGUACAGCAGGCAUCUCCACUAAAGCAGUGUUGUGGAGGUGUUUCGGCACUGUUGUGAUCUUAUUCUACCUCCGCAAUGAACAAGUCAGUCUGCUGGUGCUAAUUCCUGCUGGAAUCGGCACUUUGAUUGAGGUAUGGAAGGUCAAGAAGGCCUUCAGGAUUCAAAUUCUGUGGUCUGACAUAAAACCAGUUUUCCAGUUUGGAAAAUCCAGCGAAUCAGAGAAGAGGACUGAAGAGUACGACACUCAGGCAGUGAAAUACUUGUCCUACUUCCUGUGCCCAUUGUCCUUGGGAGGAGCCAUUUACUCUAUCAUAUAUGUCAAAUACAAUGGCUGGUUCUCAUGGUUAAUCAACAGCCUUGCUUAUGGAGUUCAUGGUUUUGGAUUCCUCUUCAUGCUUCCUCAACUUUUUGUUAAUUAUAAGCUAAAAUCAGUGGCACAUAUACCCUGGAGGACAUUUAUGUAUAAAGCGUUCAACACUGUCAUUGAUGACAUCUUCACUGUCAUCAUCGGUAUGCCCACCUCCCACUGGCUAGCCUGCUUUAGGGAUGAUGUAGUCUUCCUUAUCUGCCUUUAUCAAAGAUGGCUCUAUCCCGUAGGCGCAACCAGAGUUGAUGAGUGUGGAGUGUUGUACAAUGUGAAGCCAAAAGGAAAGCUACAUAAAGACUAACGCUGAC